CGCGUCUGGACUUCCAAAUCCAGACUCUUCGCAGAAUCUCGCACAGUGGCGGGGGAUCCACACACCAUCGACCCAGACCACCCCAUUUCGAGCCAACAUCCAAGAAAGGAAAUCCCACAGAAGCAUCACACACACCAACAAUGCUGCCCCUAUCCCUCCUCAACACCGCCCAGGGCCAUCCGAUGCUGGUCGAGCUCAAGAACGGCGAGACGUAUAAUGGACAUCUGGUCAACUGUGAUAAUUUCAUGAACAUCAAUCUCCGCGAAGUGAUCUGCACCUCCCCCGACGGCGACCGGUUCUGGCGGCUGCCGGAGAUCUACAUCCGCGGCAGCACGAUCAAGUACCUGCGGAUACCCGACGAGGUCAUCGAUAUGGUGCGCGAGGAACAGCCGAGGGGGAACAACUAUGGCGGGGGUGGGGGUGCGAGGGGUGGACGCGGCGGGGGUGGGGACAGGGGAAGGGGGAGGGGUGGAGCGAGGGGGAGCCGGGGGAGGGGGAGGGGUUAA